GACCCCACCCGUCCCUCCCCUCGACCUUCCCGAGUCUCCGGCCACCCCGUCUGUCCACCCUCUCCUGAAGUUCAAGUUUGGGGAGGACCUCAGCGUCCAGCCGCCGAAGCCCGAGGGUUCCGAGGACGGGCUGACCAAUGGAGAGGCAGAAGCUGUUCCGAACCCGAGGGAGAGUACGCCUGCAAAGCUAGCCAGGGCAGGGUCCGGGAACCCUAUUGUACAGCCCCACAUCAGCUCUGUUAACAGGAGGCCAGACGUCCCAACAUCUCCUGUGAAUAAGGUGGUCGCGACUGAUGAGGUACCUUCCAACAACAGACCAUCUCCCAACACUAGCAGUGUAACACCCUCCUCUCCAAACUCCAUCGAGUCAAAACCUACCACACCUUCCAGAUGGCCACCUGCUCCUCUGCAACAGGCACCUGUUAAUCCAGCAAAACAGCCACCUAUAACCCCACCAAAACAGGCACCAUUAACUUCACCGAAACAGCCACCUAUAGUCUCACCUUUACAGUCACCUGUAACUCCAAAACAGGCACCUCUAACCUCACCGAAACAGCCACCUAUGGUUUCACCGAAACCCAAACCGUACACCGGCCGCCCACCAUCUCCCAUUAUCAUUGUCCCCACCAAUGUGCCAACCAGUCCUGUGGCUGCCCCUGCAUUAAAGACACCGCCAGCCAGUCCGAGUGCACAAGAACCAGCAACUGGUGAGGUGCUGGUUGUAAGUCCCACAAACACCACACCACCGCCCCCACCUCCCCUCAGCCCACCCAGUAAUGGUACAGGUCCUGUGGAUGUGACAAAGCUGCCGUCCAUGCAACCCAACGGGGUGCCUCCAUGGAAACAGGCCAUCCUCCUCAAAAAACAGCAAGCAGAGAAGGAGAAAGAUGAUGAGGAGAAAAAGAAGGAGCGUGCACAACAGGCCGCCCGGUCCAAGAAGCAAGCAGAGGAGGAAGCCAUCUUGUCUCAGGUUCCGCACUGGAAACGGGAAAUUGUCAAGAGAAAGCUGGAGCAGCAGAGAAAGGACGAGGCAGCUGCUAAGGAGAAACAGGAGGCUGUAAGGAGACAACUGGAGGAGGAGGAGAAACAAUUCAAGGAGAAACUCAAGCAGGAAGGGGUGGAUGACAACAAGCUGUCACCAUGGCAACUAGAGAUGAUCAAGAAGAAGAAACAGCUGGUUUUUGCAACUUGAAGUAAAAAACAAACGUAACAAAGUUACAUCAAACAUUAACCAAAGCCACACAUGUAGAAAGUUUAUCUGGUAUCAAAUUGGCUGGGAA